GUUUCCUGCGGGACAGUUGUGGAUUGUAUUUCAGCCUCCAUCGGUUCCCCUGUUUUCUUUAUGCUGGUGCGUAGACCUGAUGCAGCCCGGAACGGAUCGGUUCGGUUUUUAAACUUGAUUCAGGGGCUUUUACGCGCGGGUCAUGGAGCGCCAGGUGUGUGAGCCCACUGACACGGCUCGCGUCCGUCUGUCAUGGUGUCGGUGCUGGCGCUGAGACCUCGUGGAGCACGAUGGAGGAGAGAACCACACUUUUCUUCUUGUUCUUCUGCCUGGUGCUCGCGACGCAGCUCGGCCGGAGCCCGGCCCAGGUCCUCCGGAUCGGUGGGAUCUUUGAGACCCGGGAGAACGAGCUGGUCAGCAUGGACGAGCUGGCGUUCAAGUUCGCCGUGAACAACAUCAACCGAAACAAGACGCUGAUGCCCAACACCACGCUGACCUACGACAUCCAGAGGAUCAAUAUCUUCGAUGGAUUCGAGGCUUCGCGGAGAGUGUGCGACCAGCUGGCUCUCGGGGUGGUGGCGGUGUUCGGCCCCUCCCACAGCUCCUCGGUCAGCGCCGUCCAGUCCAUCUGCAACGCCCUGGAGGUGCCGCACAUCCAGACCCGCUGGAAGCACCCGUCCGUGGACAACAAGGACACGUUCUUCAUCAACCUGUUCCCAGAGUACACCGCCAUCGCCAGGGCCAUCCUGGACGUGGUCACGUUCUUCAAGUGGAGGAAGCUGACGGUGGUGUACGAGGACAGCACAGGUCUGAUGCGGAUGCAGGAGUUGAUCAAAGCUCCCGCGAAGCUCAACCUGAAGAUCAAGAUCCGCCAGCUCACGCCGGGCAACCAGGACGCCCGGCCGCUGCUGAAGGAGCUGAAGAAAGACAAGGAGUUCUUCAUCCUCUUCGACUGCUCCUACCGAAUGGCUUCUGAGCUCCUCAAGCAGGUUUGCACCAAGAUUUAUCUCAAUCUGAGGCUGGCAGAGUCCAUGCGUCCGUUCCUGCAGGCGCUGCAGGACGUGUGGCCCUGGCUGCUGCUCGCAGCACUGUCGGGGGGGAUCGUGGCGGUGGGCGUAGCUGCUGGCGUCUUCACGGUCAAACGCAGACUCGGAGGUUCGGCCUGGCUGCACGGGGGGAAGUGGAAAAACUUAUUUGCUCUCCCAGAACGCCAGCCACUUCUCUGGGGUGAUGAUCAUGAAGACGGCCACUCUAACUACCAAACAACCAUGCGAAGCCUCAGCCAGGCCCCUGUACAGUGA